CCACAGCCCCGCGUUUUACAGUAUGAUAGAAACGUGUGGUUUUUUUCUGUAGAUAGUUUACAAUAUCAGAGUGAGAGCAAUUUCAUGGAAAUCGUAUGAUCCGUUUUUCAUAUCUUCUUCCAAUAACAAACUCUAAAGAUACAUAGUCAUCUAAUUCAUAUUCAUUUGAAUGAUUAUCAACAACAAUGAGAAGCAAAACAAUAAAUAGUUAAUAGUCAUGAAACCAAUUUCAAAUGUUUCAUGAUAUUUUCUAAUCAUAAUUAAAACAAAACAAAACAAAAUAAAAUUAAAUUACAUAUUCAAUGGAUCUUGAAUCUUUAAAUAUUCUACAUGAAAUAUGUUUUCUUAAUGGUAUACAAUAUGAACAUUUAAAUCAUGAUGAACAUUUUUUAAAUCAAAAAUUAUUUUUAUUUUUUAAUAAUUUUAAAAAAUGUAUAUCAUUACAAAAUUUUUCAUUUCUUACUGAAUUAUAUAUCAUAUCACAAAAUAUUACUAAAAUAACUAAAUUAGAAACAUGUCCAAAUUUAAAAAAAUUAUGGUUAUGUGAAUGUUUUAUUGAAAAAAUUGAAAAUUUAAAUUCAUGUAAACAAUUAAUUGAAUUAUAUUUAUAUGAUAAUAAUAUUAAAAAAAUUGAAAAUUUAACAAAUAAUCAACAACUUGAAUAUUUAUGGUUAAAUAAUAAUCAAAUUUAUAUGAUUGAAGGUUUAAAUCAUUUAAAAUUAUUAAAACAAUUAAAUUUAUCUGGUAAUUUAAUUAUAAAUUUAAAUGAAAAUUUAUUAUUUAAUCAACAAUUAAUAGAAAUUUCAUUAUCUGGUAAUCAAUUAUGGAAUAUUAAUGAUUUAUUAUUAUUAAAUAAAUUACCUUAUUUAACUAAAAUAAAUAUUAAUGAAUCAGAAUAUAACAAAAAUCCAUUAUGUUAUAAUGUGAAUUUACCAAUGAUAUUAAUUAAUCAAUUACCUCAAUUAUCUUAUAUUGAUCAUAUUUAUAUUGAUUAUAUUGAUUUAAAAGAUACCAUUAAAACAAUGAUACAACAUAAGAAAUAUUAUUAUAUGAUGAAAUAUGAACAUGAUCAAUCAAUUAUUGAAAAAAAAUUAAAUUCAUUAAAAUUAUUAUUUAAUCAAUUACAGAAUAAAAUUUAUAUCCAUAUUCAAUAUAUAGAUAAAGCAAUAAGAUUAUUACAGAAUGCAAUAAAGAAACAAGAAAACAUCAAUACUAUGUGUGAUCAUUCCAUUUUAAUCAAUCGAAUUGAUCAAUUAAAUCAAAAAAUCAAUUAUUGGGAAAAUAUUCAUGAUAAAUAUCAAUGCAAAUAUAAUCUAUUAUGUAAUAGAUUAAAAGAACAUAUACAUUUUCGUCAACAUAUUUAUGAUUUAGAAUUACAAAUGUUUGGUUAUAUAGAAAUAAAAGAGAUCAAUAAUAAUGAUCAUUUAUUUAUUGAUUGUAAUGAAUUUCUUAAUUCUAGAUUUUGUUAUCAUCAUAUGAAUGGAUCAAUAAUCAAUGGAAUUAAAAUUUUACAUUUAUAUAAAAUCAAUAAUAGAAUAUUUAAUGAAAAUGAUAAUAAUAAUAAGAGUUCUACGAAGAAUUUGAACUCAUCAAUCAAUAAUCAAUCGAUUAAAUAUUCAACAUUUUCUGAUUAUUUAUUUAUUGUAUGUCCUGAAAAAAUCGAUGAAUUAAAAUUAUACAUGAAUAUUAUUCGUAAUGGUUUACAAAUCAAUAAUCAAUAUAAAUUGACAAAUAAUUUAAAUAUAGCAGAUAAAAAAAAUUUCCAAGUUAUAAAUCAAUAUUAUUCUGAAGGUAAUUUCAAUCCUUAUGAUCAUGUCACACGUUUACUAUUAAUGAAAGUAUCUAAGUUAACUCAUCCUAACCUUAGUAACAACAAUAAUAAUAAUAAUAAUGAUAAUCAAGAAGAUCAACUAUCUGUAGAAAAUAUUUUAUUUUAUGAAAAUCAAUCAAAUUGUUCUUGUUUUUCACAAAUUAAAAAACCUGAUCACCUUCAAAAUAAAUUACUUUAUCCAGAAUAUAUUGUAGAAUUAGAAUAUAUAUUAAAAAAUAAUCAAUCUAAUUCUAUAUUUGAUUCAUUCAAUAUAGAAACUAAUUUUGAAUUCACUACUCAUUUUGACAAAUUUGAUGAAGAAAUAAAACAGGAUCAAAAUUUUAUCAAAACAAUCUCUGUAUUCUCAUCAAUGGAUGAUCAUAAUCAUUUAGAUCAUUUAAAUGAAAUUUUAAAUAAUGAUGAUGAAUUAUUACAUAAUUCAAUGAAUUUUUAUUUAGAUCAAACUCAUUUAUUGAUAAUCAAUAGUAAAAUUACAAAAAAAUUACAAUUUUUUAAUUUUUUUAAUCUUACUUAUAUAAGUAUAACUCAUUGUCAAUUAGAUAAUCUAUCAUUUAUUCCAUGUAAUAAUAAUAAUAAUAUUAAUUUAAUGACUUUAAUUAUUAAUCAUAAUCAAUUAAAUUCAUUAGAAUCAUUAGGAUAUAUGCCUAAUCUUAUUGAACUUCAAGUUGAUUAUAAUCAAUUAACAUGUAUUAUUGAGAAUGUAUCUAUUUUAUUAUUAAAUACACCAAAAUUAGAAAAAUUAUCAUGGCGUUAUAAUCCAUGGAUUAAUGAUAAAUUCAUAAAAAUGUAUACACUUUAUAAAUUACCUACAAUUAAAUUCUUUAAUUUUCAAUUAAUUAAUAAUGAUGAUAUUCAAUUAGCUAAUGAAUUAUACAAUUCAUCUAUAAUCACAUCAAAUAUGAUUGAAAAUGUAUAUAAGAAUGAUAUUCAAUGCAAUAAUAAUGAUUUUGAUCAAAAUUUAACGAUAUUCCCUAUUGCUUAUUAUCAUCAUUAUAAUCAAUAUUUCUAUAAUAAUACAAUUCAAUCUAUGAAUAAAUUAAAUCAUUUUCAUUUGAUAACAUCAUUAUGUUUACAAUCAUUAAAUCUAUAUAAAAUUGAAAAUUUAACUCAUUUAACAAAUUUAAAAUAUCUUUCAUUAAAUUAUAAUUUUAUUAAAAAAAUUGAAGGUUUAACUCAUUGUAAUAAUUUAAUUGAAUUAUCAAUAGAAUAUAAUUUAAUUGAAUCGAUCGAUAAUAUUGAUCAUUUAAUAAAACUUCAAUCAUUAUUAUUAAGUAAUAAUAAAAUUAAAAAAAUCAAUAAAUUACAAUUUCAAUCAUUAUUGAAUUUAUCGAAAUUAAAUUUAAAUAAUAAUCAAAUUGAUAAUAUUGAUGGUAUUGAUUAUUGUCAACAAUUAAUUGAAUUAUAUCUUGGUAAUAAUCAAUUAAAACAUUUUAUUAAUAUUUUAUAUUUAAAACAUUUAUUACAUUUAAAUAUUUUAGAAUUAUAUGGGAAUCCAUUAUGUGAUUUAAUCAAUAAUAAUUAUUUUUAUCAAUUAAUUUAUUAUUUAAAAUCAAUUAAAUCAAUUGAUGGUUAUAUCAUUACAAUGAAUGAUUUAAUAAAAUCUAAUGAAUUAUAUGAUGGUCAUUUAUCUUAUGAAUAUUUAUUAAAUUAUUUAAAUCAUGAUCAAUUUAUUAAUAUUGUUGAAUUAAAUUUAUCUAAAUGUAUGUUAUAUAAAAUUGAUUAUAUUGAUCCAAAUCAAUUAAUACAUUUAAAAUGUAUUAAUUUAGAAAGAAAUUAUUUAAAAUCAUUUGGCGGUUUAUUAUUUUUUAAAAAUUUACAAAUUAUAUGUUUAAAUGAUAAUAAUAUAGAAAGUUUAUUUUCAAAUUAUAUUUAUACAUUAGCUAUCAAUGAUCAUCAUAAUCAUAAUCAUAAUCAAAAAAUUAAUCCAAUUGAAUUACAUUUUAUUAAUUUAUAUAAAUCAAAACAACCAAUUUAUCCUUAUUUAAAUGUAUUACAUCUAGCUCAUAAUAAUAUACAUUCAUUAAAAGAAUUACAAUUUCAUCGUAUGUCUAAUUUACAAACAUUAUUUUUACAAAAUAAUGAAUUAAUUACAUUGAAUGGUAUAGAAGGUCUUAAUCAAUUAAAAGAAUUAGUAUUAGAUAAUAAUAAAAUUAAAUUUAUAAAUGAUUUAACAUUUUUAUAUAAUUGGACAUUGAAUGAAAUACAUUUAGAAAAUAAUUUAUUAAAUGAAUUAAAUCAAUUAAGUAAACUAGAAAAUUUAAAACGUUUAUAUGUUGGCGCCAAUAAAUUAACUAAUUUUAAUGAUUUAGAAAAUUUUGCUAAAAAUCAACCAAAUUUAUAUGAAAUUUCAUUAAUUGAUAAUCCAAUUACAACAAGACAAAUUCAUCGUUUAAUAUUAAUUUAUUAUAUACCAAAAUUACAAAUUAUUGAUGGUAUACAAAUUACAAUAGAAGAAAGAGAUAGAAUUUUAGAUUUUUAUAAAGAAAUAGAAUUAUCUAAUAUAAUUAAUUGUGGAAUGAUACAAUCAUCAAAUUGGUAUCAUCAAUUUAUUGAUAAAAUCAAUAAUCCAAUUUGUGAAAUGACACUUCCAGAAAUAAUCAAUAAAAAGUCAUUAAUAAGUAGUAUAACAAUGAAUGAUCAUAUAAAUUUAUCAAAUCAUUCUAAAGAAGAAAAUCAAACAAUAUUUGUAUAUGGUAAACAAAUUCAUCAACAUAUUAAUAUAAAUAAUAAUUGUCCAUUAAAUAAAACAAAAUUAAACAUGAAACAUCAUUCUAUACAAUCAGAUAUGAAUGAGAAAAAUGCAUUAACUAUUAAAAGUAUUUAUAAUCAUUCAAAGAAUUCAUUUAUUGGCAAUUUAAUUCAUUAUCAACAUCAAUAUAUAAAACAAAAGGAUCAAUGCUCAAUGCCAGAUAUUAAUAAACUAUCUAUUAAUUCUAUUACAAGACCACUCAGUCAAACGAAUAAAGUUAAUCAGUUGAAGUCAUUAAAACAUAAUAAAAAUAAUAACAGUCAUAUUAAAACGACUAAAAAUAUUACUAUCCAUGCUGAUAGUAAUAGUAAUCGAAGUGGUAAUAGUAAUAAUAAUUUGAUCAAAUUCAGUGCAAUGUCGACAAAUUUUCAACGUUGAAUAUAUUCUACUGUUUCAAUACAUAACAUCAAGUCACUUUUUUGCGCCUUAUAUGUAUAGUUAAGAAAAACAAAAACAAAAGACCAUCAUUUCAUUUAAUUUUGAUAUUAAUGAUUGAACUAUUUAUUCAUUUUUUUAAUUUUUGUUACUUGACAAUAAACUAAGGUUGAAAAUAAGAGAAUAUAAUCUCUGAUUCAUUUUGUACAGUUUUGUGGAAAAUGUCGAAAACUAUUAUCGAUGCCCAAGUCAUAUGUAUAUAUAUAUAUAUGCUGUAAAUAAAUCAAUGUUAUUGCUCAUUUUCGAC